CAGGUCAGCCUGAGCUGAGAGAACUGAGGUGGAGGCUGACUGGCUUACUGGCUGUGUUCUCCUACCUACAUAUCUACAUACUGUGUACAUGGGGCACCCUAGCAGCCCCUAGCAGCUUCCCUCGGAGACAGGACAGCCUGGUAUGUCCAUGACACGGCCAUCUUGUGUGUGGUGGUCAAAGCUGGCCUAUGGAAUAUAGGCCGACAAGGAGAAUGUGAGCAAGUGACGGACGGAGGAGGCUCCAUCCCUACUGCUGUAUCAGUGAGGGCAGCAUGACGAGGCCACGAUACAUGUACUCCCAAGUGGGUCAUCCACCUGACUCGGAAAAAGACUCAGCACAGUGAAGAACUCGGAGAUAUCACAUUGAGGAUUUGUGUUCAUCCAGCCUGGUCGGAGUCUGGUUUCUGUUGAGGCAACUGUAUGGUGUUUUUUGUGUGUGAUUGUGUUUAAAAAGUUGAUGGCAUGUCAUUUAGCAGUGAGAUCACUUGAAGGGGGAAACUCUCAUGACCUGUUGUAGAGAAAUUCGGGGGAAGGUCUCAAAAGGUGAAAAGUGGAUUUUGUAUUUGUGAUAUCUAGCAACACGUUGAAUAACAGUGAGGUAUAUGCUGUGAUAUAUUGAUAUACCUGUGGAAUACACUGUGGAUAUAUACUGGGUUUUGGAAUUUCCAAAUCGUGAAUUUCUGUGGAGUUUGGUUGUGGAUAUUCCCGAAUGGUACAUGAGAAGGAAGCAGCACUCGUUUCGUUGGAUAUGGAAAGUAACGGAUUAGCGGACGAUUGCGUUCAGUUUGUGAACAAGACGCUGUGGUUGCAACACGAGCAAGAGGCAUAUAAGCAGACGAUGCGACUCAAACGACAGCUGUCCAAGAACAGGCAUGUGAGUGCAGGGGGGACCACGACCUAUGGGCGCCUAGUGACGGGCAGCAACCACUUGCUGAUGAUGGCCGAUCCCCUGCAGCAACAUCAUCAACAGCAACAGCAGGCGCAGGAGGAUAUUGCAGCCAUGCAGAACCGCAUCCCUGUCGCGUUCCGGGAGCCCACUGAAGCCCCGCUACGCAAACUAAGCGUAGACCUUAUCAAAACUUACAAGAAAAUAAAUGAGGUCUACUAUGCCAAAAAGAAGCGGCGUGCACAGGGUAUGUCCGGCACUGGCGACGAGAGUGGGAACAAGAAGGGCAAGGUCAAUGCGCAUGUGUACAACGACGGAUACGAUGACCAAAACCACGACUAUAUUGUGAACCCUGGCGAAAAGUGGCUUGACAGAUACGAAAUAGAUUCUUUAAUAGGAAAGGGCUCAUUUGGUCAGGUGGUAAAGGCGUACGACCAUGGGGAUCAGGAGGCAGUGGCCAUAAAAAUUAUCAAGAACAAGAAACCGUUCCUGAACCAAGCCCAGAUUGAAGUGAAGCUCCUGGAGCUCAUGAACAAGCAUGAUGCUGAAAACAAAUACUAUAUAGUGAGGUUAAAGAGGCAUUUCAUGUUUCGGAAUCAUCUCUGCUUGGUGUUUGAACUAUUAUCGUACAAUUUGUACGACUUGUUACGUAACACAAACUUUAGAGGUGUGUCGUUAAAUUUGACUCGAAAAUUUGCUCAGCAGCUGUGCACGGCCUUGUUAUUUUUGGCCACUCCUGAGCUGAAUAUUAUUCACUGCGACUUAAAGCCAGAGAAUAUUUUAUUGUGUAACCCCAAGAGGAGUGCAAUCAAAAUAGUGGAUUUUGGGAGCUCCUGUCAGCUAGGACAGAGGAUAUACCAGUACAUCCAGAGUCGGUUCUACAGGUCUCCUGAGGUGUUGCUAGGGAUCCCAUAUGACUUGGCUAUAGAUAUGUGGAGUUUAGGAUGCAUCCUGGUCGAGAUGCACACGGGAGAGCCUCUCUUUGCUGGUUCAAAUGAGUUUGACCAGAUGAUGAAGAUCGUGGAGGUGCUCGGGAUGCCACCCAAACACAUCCUAGACCAAGCACCAAAAGCUCGCAAGUACUUUGACCAGCAACCUGAUGGUACAUAUGCCUGUAAGCGGCCGAAGGAUAACAAAAAGUACAAGCAGGCAGGAAGCAGGAAACUCCAUGAUAUUAUUGGUGCCGAAACAGGAGGUCCAGGGGGUCGAAGGGCGGGCGAGCCGGGUCACACGGUGGCAGACUACCUCAAGUUCAAGGACUUGAUUCUAAGAAUGUUGGACUAUGACCCGAAAACUCGCAUCACACCAUACUACGGGUUGCAGCACAACUUCUUCAAGAAGACGACAGACGAAAGUACGAACACGUCAAAUAGCACUUCAACUAGCCCUGCGAUGGAACAGCAGUGUGGGCCUGCAGUGAGUUUGAGCCAGUCAAGUGGUCGGGCGCGGUCGGACCCCACCCACCAACACCACCCACAUCUACACUUGCAGUCAUCCCACUCCGCGGCUCACCACCAGGGGGCGCCGACUGGAGCUGGAGGAGGAGGAGGAGGCUACACCACUAUGGAUUGUGAGAGUCCCCACCACCGCCCGACCGUCGUCACGACAACCGCGCACCACGCUGCACACCAUCACCCACUUGCACAGCAGCCAAGCUGGGCCAGUGCGGAGGUAUCCCAACUCCACGGUCGCCAUAGCAAUGGGUCGCAUUCACAUUCCCACUCACAUCAACGGCAUCAUCACCAUUCACCCUCAUCGUCGGCAUCAACCACGUCAUUACAUCAGUCUGGCCACUCAGUCCACAGCGGGACGACCGGAACGUCCCAGCAGAAUCUAAUGCUCGGAACACUCUAUUCAGACCCAGAAAGAAGUAGCUUCAGUGCCCGCACGAAUUUCGCCCCCAGCGGCGUGCCCCCACCGGAAUUGUCUUCCGCUACAAACAUAGCCGGUUCAGGUGAACUCGGCAGUGUACACGCACUUCAUCAUCAUCCGAGCGGAAACAGCCUCGAGGCCACCCAACUAGGCUCGGUGAACAUGCAGUUGGCCGGGUACCCUUCAUCGCCAGGACAAUAUGGACAGUUCAGUCAACAAGCAGGAUGGCCCCCCUCAGCCUUCCCCUACGCUUUAACAUCCACGGCUGCUCCCACAUCCCUGACCAGUCAUGACCCUACGGGUCAGCACAACCGGACUGGCGGUGCCGGGGAGAGGGGGGAGGAGUCGCCCAUGGUAGGGGUGUGCGUUCAACAGAGCCCUGUGGCCAGCCAUUAACGUCAGGCAAGAGACUAGGUGUGUUUGUAUAGUGUGCCAUCUGUAGGUGGGAUGGGGUGGGGUUGACUCCCCUCUGGGAUCGCGCCUCAAAGCGGCCUCCACAUGACGAUGGUGGGGAAUGGAGAUUCUACCGUUGCAGUUGUAGAAGCUCUAAGUUGAGUGACAGGGAUCCUCUUUGUGCAUAUGUCUUGGAAUAUAUACAGAGUGCUGUGGACUGACGCGAUGAACCAGAGCUAUGGACUGAUGCGGUGAAUGAGAGCUGCGUAUGUCUUCGUGGCAACACAGGAAAUUCUUGAACAGUGCUGUCCAGGCUGUGAUGACAAGGAACUAGCAAGCUCUCCCUGAUGAGCUUAUGCCUCUUGAACUGGAUAUCUGACCAUGAACUGUCACCAACAGAUAGAUAAGGCUUCACUGGAUAUCCGACACGGACUCUCCAACAGACAGAUCAAGAUUGACAGGUUAUCCGACACGUACUAUCGCAGACAGAUCAAGCUUGACUGGAUAUCCGACACGGACUCUCCAACAGACAGAUCGGGCUUGACUGGACAUCUGCCGCGGACUCUCCAACAGACAGAUCAAGCUUGACUGGAUAUCCGACACGGACUCUCCAACAGACAGAUCAAGAUUGACAGGAUAUCACACGAAGACUCUCCAACAGACAGUUCAGGUUUGACUGGAUAUAUCCGACACGGACUCUCCAACAGACAGAUCAAGCUUGACUGGAUAUCCGACACGGACUCUCCAACAGACAGAUCAAGAUUGACAGGAUAUCCGACACGUACUAUCGCAGACAGAUCAAGCUUGACUGGAUAUCCGACACGGACUCUCCAACAUACAGUUCAGGUUUGACUGGAUAUAUCCGACACGGACUCUCCAACAGACAGAUCAAGCUUGACUGGAUAUCAGACACGUACUAUUGCAGACCGUUCAGGUUUGACUGGAUAUAUCUGACACGGACUCUCCAACAGACAGAUCAAGCUUGACUGGAUAUCUGACACAUACUCUCCAACAGACAGAUCGGGCUUGACUGGACAUCUGCCGCGGACUCUCCAACAGACAGAUCAAGCUUGACUGGAUAUCCGACGAAGACUCUCCAACAGACAGAUCGGGCUUGACUGGAUAUCCGACACGGACUCGCCGACAGACAGAUCAAGCUUGACUGGAUAUUUGACAUGGACUCUCCAAAAGACAGAUCAAGCUUGACUGGAUAUCCGACGAAGACUCUCCAACAGACAGUUCAGGUUUGACUGGAUAUCCGACACAGACUCUCAAACAGAUCGGGCUUGUGCUGGCCUUGAAUGAGUAAAGCAAGAGAAAAAGAAGAUUCUGUGACAUUGUUAGUCUGACAAAAAAUUCCUUACAUUACCAGCGUGCACCAAGACGGGCAAUACUGACAUUUAGUGUGCCCAUAUGCAACAAACGUGUCAGCCAAAAUUUUGUAGAAUUGUUCCAGCAGAACGGCAUCACCCUUUCCGAGUGUAGUGUUAUUCAGCAGUGAGGUCCUCACGGCAAGACAAUCCCCACGAACGGAGAAAGGCUGUGAAAGAAGACAAAGGUCUUCCCGACUUACAGAAACAUGUCGGACCAAUGCCAAAUCAAUUGAUUCAUUUAUAAGCUGGACACACAUUCAUUGUAUAUAUUCUCGUGUGGGCAGGGUAUGGACUGCUGCAGCACCUCCCCACAUGAUAAUCCUUCAGAGUGCGACAACUCCCGAACAGCGUUUAUAUGCUAGUCACCACUGGGGUCGGUUCCUCCAAUAUAAUUGUACAUAGUGUACAUAAGGACCGGAGCAUCCUGCGACCGGAGCAUCCCGUCGGGGAAAGAGGAAGGGCUCCGACAGCAAGUGUGGGUUUGAAGAAUGACGGUCUCAGUCCCCCUGUGUGUGGAAGACCGUCAUUCUACUGCUUGUAUAUUAUGCUUGAUACAAACAGAAUGUGUAAAUUGGUACUGAAGUAUGCUAUAAUGUGACUAUUUAUUAUUUAAGAUUGAAAGGUUGGGCCCAAGUAGGUGCCAGGCAAACAAUAUGUUACAGUAGGCAGACAUCGCUGUGAUGAUCUGUGCUCCCGUUAAGCGUUUAGUUCCAAGCUUGAUGUGAAAUCUCCCUCUACUUUUCCUGUCUCUAUUAUCAGGGAUUUGUCUUUCAUGUUUCAGAGAUACUGUUUUUUCGUAAAAUCUGGUAAAUUUUCCCAUUUGUUUUUUUCAAAAAUCCCAAUUGAAAUGUCAUUCUUUGCGUUUCUCAGCUUAUAUGAUAAAAUUCACAGUGACAUCUCUUCAACAAUUUCCAUAAUUUUCAAAGACAAGACACAUCUUUGAAUUUAGAGCAAAGAAACAUUUUUAUCAUCAAGUCGAUGAAACUGGAUAAAUCCCUGCACAUUAACCAACAUUAUGGUUCAACCUAGCUUAAACAUUUCAUUGCACUGCCUUAAUCAGAAAAAAACAACUUUCAUUAAUCAUCAACAAACAAUGUGCUCUUUCUUGCAGUAUUAGAUGUCUAUCUUACGUCUCAUCUCAAAAAUCGUAAUAAAUUUGUGCAAGCUUGGAGCUGAAGGGUUCCGCGAAGCGGAGGUUGAUGAUGUUUGCCUACUACUUGUAUAUAGUCUCCCAAUGUCGUAGCUAGGAACGUAGCCUUAUACACAGCCACUCCGCAGCAGGUCAAGGUCGUGCAACAUCGUUGACAGACAAACAUGACCAUCAGCACGCAUAUUUGCAUAAACAUUGUCGCGUUACGCCAAGACCAGGGUCGGGCAGCAUAACAAGCUGGGUCAGCAUGCAUACAUCCUUACACAUUUCUCAAUCUGCCAUUUUGUGAACGAAGUUCAACUCUGUAUUGGAUCCUUUCUAUAUGUUUGUGGAAAUGAAACUGUAACAUUGUUGUCAAAAGGUAAUGAAGAUGUUUCAAAAGAAGUUUCAAAAUUGUGAUUGUCCCUGACAUUGAUCCCAAGGCUCCAAGGGAGGUAACUCUACCUGUAGAGUUGUCUCCCUUGGCUGACAGACUGUCCGUGCGUUAUAGGGCAUAUCAGGUUAAAUAAUGGCUCUGUCUGUUUAUCUUGGAUCCCUUGCCCUAACGAAGAUGGCCGUAGCUCUAAGAUGAUCGUAACUCCCUUACAUUAAGAGUCUCAGGAUGGCCUCAGCGCUAAGAUGAUCGUAACUUCCAUACAUUAAGAGUCUCAGGAUGGCCUCAGCACUAAGAUGAUCGUAACUUCCAUACAUUAAGAGUCUCAAGAUGGCCUCAGCACUAAGAUAAUCGUAACUUCCAUACAUUGCCUCUAAGAUUACUUUCGAACAAUGCCGAGGAUCCUAUGUUAUAUUUCAAUAGUCCUCCAAAAAUGCGCUGCUAUUGAGUUGCCGUCGAUUGUGAUUGACCAAUGUAUGCAUGCAGUCCCAGACUUGUGUGGAUUGUACCGCGCCCAGCACAUUGUCAUGUGACCUAGUUGCUGCUACUUGUUCACUACUUGUAGCUUGACCUUCGCCCUCAAUCUGUCCUUGACCUGUGACCACAAUCUGUCCUUGACCUGUGACCCCAAUCUGUCCUUUCUCACACCAAUUGGGUGGGCGACUUUAAAAUUUGAUGACAGAAUCUUUUCUCUAGAAUGGGGCUUGGCUAGGGUGAUAUAUUAUGUUGUAUGACGUGGACUAAUUUAAGGCAUACAUACUGAUGAAAUAAAAGCAUGACCAUAUGUGAUCGUUUCUUCUCGCAUGCUUUGGUGGGUCAAUCUUCCUAAUAGUCAAAAUGCUUUCUCACAUUUGGACAAAUAAAACAUAUUUUAUGUUCAUUAAGAAAAAACAAAAACUUACCAGUACAAUAAACACCAAGUAAUUUUUAUUUCACAGAAAAUUACUGAAUUUCUUUCUUUUCAAAAUUCAAAUACAAUUAUGUGACCAUUUUGGAAGGUCGGAACAGUGAAAGUUUUUUGUUUUUAGAUUCCCGAAGGAUGCGUUUCGUUGUAUUCUCGGUGUAUAUGUAAGACAAGCAUCUAUGGCAGGACUCUGAUCAGAGACCGAUUAACAAGUUGUGGCCAUUUUUUUUAAUUGGUAAUUCUUCCCAUGGCAAACCUACAACAGCAAAGAAUAUUGACACAUUCGACUUUGUUUUCAUGUCGCCAUCUUCAUUCUUAACUGAAGACUUAAUAUGAUAGCAAAGGGAGAGUGCUGCAAUGUCUGCCACAAACUGGCCAUAGAUAAGACACAUGCCAUAGAUUGGAGUCCUACAUUUCAAAGGGCAUUUCAAUGUCUCCGGUAUCCUUGGUUUCUCAAUGAUUCCUCUGCCUUUGUUUCAUAUCGUACAAUUCCCAGAAAAACGUGUUUGCUGUGUGAAGUGCCAAGGGUUAAGACAAUAGUGCCCCUUAUUCACAGACUAUCUAUUCUACUUGGUUUCAGCUACACUAAGCUUCCGAUUCGAUCAUCACAAAACAACAGGUUUGUCCUCGCAAUAAAGGACAUUUGUAAUUUCGUUUCUCUAAUGUGCGGCACUUCAAUACAGUUGUGUUGUCCUCAUGUUCUCAUCUGGUUUGGGGCCAAUGUCUUUAAAGACAGUUUUCACAAGUCUCAUAAAAGUGUAUUGAAAUCCUGGAAAAUGUUUUUCAAAGAUUCGAAAUUGAAGUUCACAAUUCCAUCAAUUAAUACCUCGUUUGCCCUUGCCCUUUCCAGUUGUAGAGAUUUUGAAUUAUGAAAUGACAAUGCAAUAUUGAAAUUUUUUGAAGAUAAAGUCAAAUUUUCAUUUUUAAGAAUAAUGUAUUUGAUUUCCUAAUGUGCCUUUUUCAGUGUGAAAAAAAAUAAAUUUGAACGGAUUCAGAUACUUAAGAAAUAUUUGAGUUGUCUAGAAGCGUUACUAAUUUCCAAAAAUUGUUGAGAAUUCCUGUAUUGCUUUGUGAUGUGUCAUGAAAGGUAACUGAUGUUGCCCAAGGUUGUUAUUGGACCACUGGGAUAAAAUUCCCCUGAUAUGUGGGGAUGACUCCCAUCAAGCAACCAGUUUUUAGAAUGAACAGAUUUUAGAAUAAAGUUGUGUGCUAAUGAAGAUUUUUAAAAAUGUGAUCAUGAAUAUAUUUUGAUUAGCAAAAUGGUAUUGCAAUUUCUGUAUGACAAGCAGCACCUGGAGAACAAGCAUUAUAUUUCCAGGAAGUCGAUAAUCAGACAUAGAUUCAUCUGUACUUAAGGUGGAAUACACCCAGUCAUGCUGUGUGACUUGUUUCAGUCAAAUAUUGACGUGUGUGUUGAGGAAAGGUUUUUAAAGAUGAACUAUGAAAAUGCGGAGCCUACCACUUUACGCCAAGAGGUACCUAUUCAAUGAGGUUGUCUGUCUUUGUUUAAAACCAUUUGGAAAGUUUUUAAUUAUUUUAUAAUUUUAUUCUCAUUAAAACUUACCUGAGAUAAAAAAACAAACUGAUUUUACAGAUUAAAGUAAUGAUGGUCGUCAGUUGACUGUCAUCACAUCUCAGAUAAGGUUGAAAAUGUCUUGUCACCAUGGCAACACAGGGUUGUGUUUUAGUAAAUGUAGCUCGCAUCCAUUAUAGGAUGUGAGGACAACACUGGAUUUAGAGAUUCCAAGAUUACUCUGGGUUCUGAUGAUCGGAAUUGCAUCAGUGUUUCAACACUGUCAAGAAAAACAGACAGUAGUUCUAUUUUGAUCAAUUAAUGUUUUCAUUACCGUUUAAAAUUUGUGGAUUUUUCAAGAACCUUCCCUCAGUGGAAAUCUGAUAAUUAGUGUGUCCUUGCAGUGGAUUUUGACUUCACUCUUGUGUUAAGACUUCCAUGUUCUGAAAGGUCAGCUUACUGACCCUAGAGGUGUGAAUUUGUUAAAUUGGAAGUCCAUCUUGGAAGGAAUAAAGAAGAAUUGUCUUUGAAAUUUGGAAAACUAAAUGUAAAUGUUAGUUCUCUACAACUCAAGAUUACAUGGUAAUAUUGAACAUUUUGUAUAACCCAAAGUGUUUUCUGGACCGGUUAGGAGUUGGCGUUUUUCACCAUUGAAAUUGUAUGACUGAAUCAUGUUUCGUAGAAUCUGAGAUGUAAUUUGGAAAGUGAAAGAAUUAAAUAUAGUUUCAGAGGAACUGUUUGUCAUUUAGUGGAACGAAAUUGAACAGAGACAUUUUGAUAAAAUGGUUAAAAGAAGUUGACAAGUAAUCAUGUUUGAAGAAUUGAAAUUGUGUUAAGGAAAUACGCAUUGAUAGGGAAAAUAUGAAGUACUGGGUAUCCUGUUUCUGACUUUAUAUUUUUGGUUUUAAUCAUUUUACAAUGGACAUUGUUGAGCCUGUAUUUAAUCUUGUUUAAUACUUUUAGACAAAGCUAUUUGUGAGAUAUUAGCCUUCUUUUAUCCAUCAUUAUGUUUAUAUCUUAACUUUUAACUCACUCACUCACUGUACAUGUUAAUAGCCAUCAUUUUAAGAUAUAAAUUUAUAUUUACUCUGAGUUCAUUGCCUUAUGCCAGGCCCCGCCAUCUUAUCUGAAGCAUCUGUCUGCGAGGUUAUCUCCCUUUGACCAUGGGUUACCUCCCUUAGACCAUGGUUUCCUAUCCUGAGUCUGUAGUGUCACCUGUCUGGCAGUAAACAAGCUACAUCGCUUGCAA